UCUACGGCAAAAGCAAUAGCGCCGGGAUCGCCUCGUAAGCUCGGCGUGCCCGCGUAACUGAAAUCGCGCGUCGCCAGUGCGUGUGUUUUGUGUUUUGUCGUGCAUCGAUUCGACCCCCGACAUGCUGCCUUACCAGGCGGUGGCCAUGGACUAUGCCGUCUCGUCCAGCUUCCAGAGGCACCAGCCGCCCAUAGGACUAGGAGUCAACAUCAACCCUGCCUUCACGCACUCCUGCAUCCUGGAGCUCCGGAAAGAAAAAAGCAGGGACGCCGCCAGGUCGAGGAGGGGCAAAGAAAAUUUCGAAUUCUACGAGCUGGCGAAGAUGCUCCCCCUACCCGCGGCGAUCACUUCGCAAUUAGACAAAGCCAGCAUUAUUAGGUUGACGAUCUCAUACCUCAAAUUAAGGGACUUCUCCGGCCACGGGGAGCCCCCAUGGAACAGGGACGGGCCGCCCCCGAAUAAAACGUUAAAAGCUGGAAGGAAUCGGACGUCAGCGGGUUUAGCGAUGGACAUAUUUGAGCAACAUCAAGGGACGCACAUAUUACAGUCCCUGGAUGGCUUCGCCUUGGCGUUGGCGUCAGACGGUCGUUUUUUGUACAUUUCGGAAACAGUAUCGAUAUACCUAGGUCUUUCACAGGUAGAAAUGACUGGGAGUAGUGUAUUCGACUACAUUCAUCAUCAGGAUCAUUCCGAAAUAGCCGAACAAUUAGGUUUAGGACUGACGCAAGGCCAGAGUCUGGCGUCUCCUGGCAGUGGAUCCGAAGAGAGCACCUCCACAGCAGGAACGAAUAAUCCAGAUGUGGCCACGCAAAUGGCAUUGGGAGCCAACCCACCUUACAAAGGACUGGAUAGGGCGUUUUGCAUCCGAAUGAAGUCAACGUUAACGAAAAGAGGAUGCCAUUUCAAAUCGUCCGGAUAUAGGGUACGUAGACAAGUUCCUGGUUCUCCGCGUUCUAACUCGUUCUGGUUUCAGGUCGUUCUGAUGUUGAGCAGACUUCGGCCGCAGUACACGUUUUCCCAUUCCCGAAAAACACAACCGCCACUUUUGGGAAUGGUAGCACUAGCUAUUGCGCUUCCACCACCAAGUGUACACGAAAUAAGACUAGAAUCAGAUAUGUUCGUUACUAGAAUAAAUUUUGAUUUCAAAAUAGCUCACUGUGAACCCAAAGUCAUUGACCUUUUGGAUUACACGCCGGAAGAACUGACUGGUAGAAAUUUAUAUUCUUUGUGCCAUGGGGAAGAUGCUAACAAACUAAGGAAAUGUCACAUUGACUUAAUAACUAAGGGCCAAGUUCUAACGCACUACUAUAGGUGGAUGAAUAAAAAUGGUGGAUACACUUGGCUUCAAACUUGUGCCACGGUAGUCUGUAAUUCAAAAAAUGCGGAAGAACAAAACAUUAUAUGCGUGAAUUAUGUAAUCAGUGGUCGGGAGUACGAAAACGUGGUAAUGGAUUGCUGCCAAAUGGAGGACAACGCCAACCUGGUUAAGAGAGAGGAGGCAAGCAGCAACGACCCCGAGAAUGGAUCGCCAGACGCCGAUCGUGGAGAUGACCGGAACAGCGGAGGCCCGCCCAAUCCACCCCAGGACCCGAGCCAGGACUUGGAAGAUGCCACCUGCGCUGGUACUGGAACUGCUACCGACGCUGGUACCACGAAUAAGGAGUCGGGGGAUUUGCGGACUCGCCGCUUGGACCACGCACCAGUUUCGCAGCUGCAGCCAACCUCGUCGUCUACUGCGGCCGAUCAAAGGAAAACCAUUCCGAUGCGGAGAUCUACGAAACGCAAAAAUACGUCGUCGGAUGAAAACGAAGACGACGAAAUCACUGUUUCUUCACACCGAAACAAUGUGAUGAGUCCAGCGUCCUCCUGUCAUUCCACGAAUGGAGUUCACCCCAUAACUACGACUUCGGAUUCAUCGGGAACGAGCCCGAAGAAACUAGAUGAUACUGCAGGUAGCGGCACUUCUGUUAAGGAUCUGGAGAAUGCUAUGUCGAAGCAUCUGCCCGCGUGCAAAUCUCCAACCCACCAACCUACCGACUUCAGCACCGAUGCGCUUCUCAAGCAACAGCAAAGAACUACUAUUCAAUGGAUCGGAGCUCAUCACCAACAACUUCAGCAGCAGAGUCCCCUGCCGGCGUCGGCAUUACUCCGACAACUGUACGCCAACAGAGAAAGCGUUAUUCGAGCGAACGUACAUGGUAUCACGAGUGCUAGUGGUCGAUCUGGAAGUUCUUCCGGAUACUAUCCGAGUGAUAACCAAGUGGGUGUGGGUCCGUUACCCACUCCUCCCGGAAGUGAAGGUUCAUCCUCCUAUAGUGAACACCAGUUUUUGUUAUCCCAACACCAAAAUUAUCCAACCGGCUAUUCCAUGGACUAUCACUCCGCUAUGACGCCUCCGUCCAGUGUGUCUCCCCGCGACAAGCAUCAGCAGUUGCACGGGGGGGUUAGUUUCGAUACACCAGUGCCCUACCAAGAUGUUUUACGCCAUCAGUAUCCGGACAGUCCUUUACCGCUCAAACCCCAAGUGUAUUCGUACGUAGAUCAACCACAAUUUUAUCACCACGGAGCCGCGGGAGCAGGCUUCCAUCUGUAUCAUCCUAGUAAGAGUGCACCGGGUGCUCCCUCCAACUGGUACUCUCCCUCAUAGUAAAUUAUUUGUAUAAACUUAACAGUGAAACUGACAUGUACCUUAUGCUGUUUAUGUGAACAAUUUAUAUUAAUUGUUAAAACAGAUGUGGCACUAUUAUUUGUACUGCUAGUGUUAUGUUAGUAAUUUCAUUGUAAACAUUGUUUAAACAUGCCAAAUUUGUAAAAUGUAAUGGGCAGGUUUUUUCGAUAGCAUUCAUUUUAACUAUUUUUAAACCAAAGAAAAUAAUACAAAAUAACAUGAUAUAGGUUGUAUUUGGAUUUAUUUCAUAGCAAGUUAAUGCAAAUAUUGUAGUAUAUAUUAAAUAUAUUAGUAUUAAGUUUUUAAAAAAUUUAAAUGUACAUAUUAUUAUCACACAUGUUAUUUCGUAUUAUUCAACUUCUGCAGUGUCAUUGUCUGAAUCGUUUUGUGAUUAUUUAUCUACAGGUCCUUCGAUUUUUACCAACAAUCAAACGUUAGGGAAGAUAGGUUAUAAAAAAAUUAUGAGAAAUAUGUACACAAUAUUCGAAAAUUGUUUACUUUUCACAUAGUGUUAAAUUUUCUUUAAAAAAUUCAUUUUCUACGCACACAGUCUAUUGCUGAAUUUGCAGAAUGUUCUUGAUAGUGAAGACACACUUUUUAAAUAUAUUUUCAAUUAUUCACUUUUAUCACUGUUGUAAAACAUGGCAGGCAGGUAGGUGCCUUUAUUAAAAAAAAAAAAAUGAUACACGACAGAAGAAACCAAAUGUUUUCAUUCCGUUAUUUUUUCGUAAAUCUGAUCAUUUCCCAGGAAAAAGGUGUAUUCCUUAAAAGACUUCGUAAUAAAUAAUUAGAUACCUACUACAUUUGUAGCUGUAAUAAUAUACCAAUUAAAAGUUAUUCAAAUAAAUUUCCUCACACGUUAAACAAUAUUUUCUAUUAUACUGGGUGCAUCAUUUAGUCUAGACCAUUAUUUUUUCAAACGAAACACCCUGUAUAUUGGAUUGUUGAAUAAAUACAUGUUAUUCAGACAUGGUCAGAUUUACAAUAAAAAGCAAAACACCAUUUUUUUUAUUGUACAAGGGACAGAGGUUUUAAAUAUAUAAUGUUCAUAUUUUGUUAGUGGCAUAAUUUUUUUUAAAUAAAAGCUGCCCCUUCCUACGACAGCAAUAAAACUAAAAUCGAAAAAAUGUGUCUCUACCUAAUAUAAAAUAUUUGAGGAAAAGCGUUUUUAAGAAAGCUUAGCACCCCGUAUCUGAAAAGGAAAACAUUUUUCAAAUUUAAUAUGUAUGUAUUGAUUACCAUGUUUUUAUAACUUUUCUGUCCUAAAGUUUGAUCAAUAAAAUCGAACGACCCUGUGUAUUACAUAUAUCGGAAUCAAUUAAAAUCUUGAGUAAAUAAUAAUACGCUAGAGAAAUUUAUUUUGUCUUACUAAGGAGUAUCUCAAAUUCUUCUUCAAGUCCAUAUACUGAAAGUUAUUGCAAAAAAGUACUCAUGAAUAUUCCGAUGUAUUAAAUAGAUAUCACUUACGAUUUAAUAAUGCUGAUCUGAUUCGGCAUACCGACUAGUAGGUAUAUACCCUGUACAUACGUAUUUAAUAAAUAGCUGUAUGUAUAUUAUUUUUUGUUGGGCAUUGGUGACAGUAAUUGGGCUAUCUCAACUGGCAAACACAGUCUUUCCUUAAGCAUUACUUAAAAAUUUGCCAUUUUGGUCCACACGAAAGAUAUAUUCAUAUAUAUAAUUUUGAAGGCAUUUCUAGAUAAUUUAUAGUGUUUCCCAAGCGAUGCUCGACUAUCACGAUCAAAAAGGUGCUGACAAUGUAGGAAUGUGAUAUUCUCUUUAAUUUGUUACUUUUACUUCCAAAUGUUAGGGUUACUUGUGUUUCGUUGUCACAUGCUAUUCAGUACAAAUUGCGAAGAAUGAUCGCUUUAUGAAUAUGUAACUACAUAUUUAUGUGCAAUAUUACUUAAUCAUUUUUAUUAUUAAACCAGUUUAUUAUUUUUUUUUUUUGUUAAAUUACAACUUAAAAUAGACUUAAUUCUGUAUUACCAUUUUGAAUGGAUUAAGGCUUAUCCAUUUAUAAGACACAAAAAUUUAAUUCACGUCAAAUGCUAAAUUUUAAAUUUCUACCUCAAUCCUCUCAAAAUGCUGUUAAGCUUCUAUAAUUACAACUAAUGAUUAUUUAUUUUUCCCUAUUUCAGCUUUAUACAAAAGAAAUGG